AUGCAACGGACAUUUUCUACGGUUCCAGAGCGAGCGGGCGAUGGGGCCCAGGCCAGCCGCCGUCUCGUCUGGGAAAAGCUCAAUGUGAGAAAUGCAACGUCUCUCCUUCUCGGUGAGGCCUCUCCUUAUCCGCGUCUACUAGAAAGGAAGCUUGUCGCCGUUGGUGUAUCAUCCCCGAGCAACACGACCGAAACAGAAUCCUACCUCAUGCGGGAAGAAUUGGAAGAAGCCAGGUGCCGCGAUGGCUACUACCGGAACGGAUUCGCGGCCGACAGGAGCCCCAUCACUACGACCACCUUGUUCAUCUUUCUUCAGCAGCAGCUCCAACAAAUCAUCACUGCCAGCCAGCCACCACAUCGCCGCUUAGUUUUGCCCGACGAGAUUCGGCACGAGCAUCGAUCACCACCACCAUGGCCAUCACCAGGUCCUCCAAUAGCUCGGCGAUACCACCGAGCGAGGACGUUCCCUUCCCUGAGAGCGUUGCCGCCCACCACCCUGGCGCGCAGACAAGCGUCGUUCUACAGUACAGCACGCCUGCACAUCAACAUCGACGCCGCAUAUGCACCUCGUGCGACCCCAGCACAGCCCGAUAUUCAGAGAUAA